UUCAGGAUUGCACAUUGAUGGCGGGGGACCGACAACCCCCUUCGUCGUUAUAAAAGCUAAUAGACUGGCUUCUGGCGUAUGAGCAGGCUUUGGGCUUCACUGGUCACUCCAAACUUUUGCGAGUCCUCCACUUUUUCUCUCAUUGAGUCACACCAUAUACACGUUCUGUUUCCGUAUCGUAUCGAUAGUGAUCAUCGCUAUUUGGGAAUAAGAAUGAGCCGUCGUUUAGAGUUCCUCUUGCAUCAACUCUUGAUUCUCUGCUCGUUGUUUAUAGUGCAAAGUUCCCAAGUUAGUGCAGAAAGUGGUAAUGGAAUUAAAACCAAGGUGUUUCUAUCACCAAAAAUUGAGUUGGAACCAGGAUUGGUCUCAAACAAAUUUUAUUACGACAUGGAUUUCCCUAGAGGUCAUAUUGCUAUCAAGAGUUUUGAUGCUGAAGUAAUUGAUGACAAAGGGAAUCCAAUUCCUCUUCACGAAACUUAUCUUCACCACUGGGUUGUCGUAAGAUAUUAUCUACGGAAAGGUUUGGAUAUUCCAAAGAGUCACGAGGAUCUUGGAUUCUACCAAGCCAAUUACAUCCGAGGAAAAAAUAGCGGGCUGUGUGAUAAUGCACUUACACAGUUUUUUGGACUGGGAUCAGAGACUCGAAAGACACGUAACGAUGUACCAGAUCCUUAUGGCAUUGAGGUUGGGAAUCCUGCAGAUAUCCCCGAUGGUUUUGUGGAGAAAUGGCUGCUUAAUGUGCAUGCCAUCGACACUCGUGGUGCUGAAGACAAGCUGGCUUGCACCGAGUGCAGAUGUGAUUUAUACAAUGUCACCAUUGAUGAAUCUGGCCAUGCUCUGCCCUCAAGCUACGGUGGUGGCUUGAGAUGUUGUUAUGAUCAAACGAGAUGCAGGGUGAAGGAAAGCUUUCAGAACAUUAAGAGAAGCCUUUACUUGAAGUACACAGUGAAGUACCUUGAUUGGGAGCCCUCGAUUGUUCCUGUUCAAAUCUAUAUACUUGAUGUAACCGAUGAAUGGAUCAAGGGAGACGAGUCCAGAGGGAUCAAAGCAAGACACCAUUGCCUGGUUGAGUAUGAUGUUGAGGCUUGUCCUGUUGGCAUAGUCAGUAACAACGAUUGCAUCCAUACCAAAACCCUCACCGUAGAUUUUCCAAGCGGCGGCGAUGUAAUCUAUGGGGUCGCACAUCUGCAUUCAGGAGGCACUGGUUCAGCUCUUUUCGGGGAGGGAGGAAGACAGAUAUGCUCGUCGUAUCCUAUCUACGGGACAGGACAUGAACCCGGAGACGAGGCGGGCUACAUUGUUGGAAUGUCUUCAUGCUAUCCUUCACCGGGAUCUGUCAAGAUCGCCGCUGGGGAGACUCUCACGCUUGUAGCUAAUUACAGCAGUGCGCAAACGCACACUGGAGUUAUGGCGCUCUUUUACCUCUUGAUCGCCGCUGCUGAUUCGUCGCCAAAACAGGCUGUCCUCCUUCAUCAACCUGCUCAGACUGUUUUCGCCUCGAAGAUCGGUUGGUCUGUUGCUCUGCUCGGUAUCGGGUUGGUUGUCAUAGUGAUAAUCUUUAUGGUUCGUAGCAGAGGCAGAGAAGAAGAAGAAUAUGAACCUAUAAUAGCAUGAGGCUGGCUCGGCUCGGCUCGGCUCGGAUCGACAACUCUGUAAGAAUAAGUAAGCUGUCCUGACCUGUAUAAACUUACUAUAAUACGUUGCUUGUAGUAUUAUUAUAUGUAUUUCUACUCUACGACCUCGUUAGGGAUGUUAUGCAAAAAAUAAAUCCCUAGAAGCUGUGUUUGUUGGAAUCAAUGAGUUUCAUGUUGAUUUACUACAAGCAGGGCAGUUCCUUGA